GAGGAGGAGGAGGAGGAGGAGGAGAAAAAAAAAAAAGAAGAAGAAGAAGAAACAGCAGCAGCAGCCGCUGCUGCCGCGGCAGAAGAGAAAGCAAAAGCCGCCCCAGGGCUCGGAGCCGCCGGCGCGGCAUCCGCGGGGCUGCGCGGCCAUGGCCCGGGAGAACGGGGACGGCGGCGGCUCCUGGAAGAAGCAGGCGGAGGACAUCAAGAAGAUCUUCGAGUUCAAGGAGACGCUGGGGACGGGUGCAUUCUCCGAAGUUGUUUUGGCUGAAGAGAGAGCGAGUGGGAAACUCUUUGCAGUCAAGUGCAUUCCCAAGAAGGCACUGAAGGGAAAGGAAAGCAGCAUAGAGAAUGAAAUUGCAGUGCUCAGAAAGAUCAAGCAUGAAAACAUAGUUGCCCUGGAAGACAUCUAUGAGAGCCCGAACCAUUUGUACCUGGUCAUGCAGUUAGUGUCGGGGGGAGAGCUGUUUGACCGCAUCGUCGAGAAAGGCUUCUACACGGAGAAGGAUGCCAGCACCCUGAUCCGGCAGGUCCUGGACGCUGUGUACUACCUGCACCGCAUGGGCAUCGUGCACAGGGACCUCAAGCCCGAGAACCUGCUUUACUACAGCCAGGAUGAAGAGUCAAAAAUCAUGAUCAGUGACUUUGGAUUGUCAAAGAUGGAGGGUAAAGGAGAUGUGAUGUCCACAGCCUGUGGAACUCCUGGCUAUGUCGCUCCUGAAGUGCUGGCCCAGAAACCCUACAGCAAAGCUGUGGACUGCUGGUCCAUCGGGGUCAUCGCAUACAUCCUCCUCUGUGGAUAUCCCCCUUUCUAUGAUGAAAAUGACUCCAAACUCUUUGAGCAGAUCCUUAAGGCCGAGUAUGAGUUUGACUCUCCGUACUGGGAUGACAUCUCUGAGUCUGCUAAAGACUUCAUUCGCAAUUUGAUGGAGAAGGACCCUAAUAAAAGAUACACCUGUGAGCAAGCAGCACGGCACCCUUGGAUUGCUGGUGACACAGCACUCAACAAAAACAUCCACGAGUCGGUCAGCGCUCAGAUCCGGAAGAACUUCGCGAAAAGCAAAUGGAGACAAGCGUUCAACGCCACAGCAGUCGUGCGGCACAUGAGGCGGCUACACCUCGGCAGCAGCCUGGACAGCGCCAGCGCCGGCGUGUCCAGCACCCUCAGCCUCGCCACACCGCUGCCUGAGGCGGCCACACGGAAAGAUUGUAUGUCUCCAUCCACUCUCUGUAGUUUUGUUUCAUCCGCUUCUUCAGGCGUUUCUGCGGUCGGAGGGGACCGGAGACCCAGACCCACCACAGUGACCACAGUGCACACAGGGAGCAAGUGAGAGCGGGGCCGGCGAGGAGCGGGCAGGAGGCCGGGCUGGCAGGUGGCCCCGGUGCUGUUCCACCCUGAGGCACACGCUCAAGAGAAGGACUAGAAGAAAGAAGAUUUUUUUAUGGCCAUAUUUUAUACUGCAAUUCUGAAAUGUUUCAUUUAUCACAAACUGCAAAUGACUCCAGGGGGAACGGAUCUAACAGUCUCUGGUGCUGUACAUAUAUACAUAUAUAUAUAAGUAUAUAUAUGUAUGUGAGUCUAGCAAUGUUCUAACUAAUGAACACUCAUUCUUUUCCCCAGUGAUUUACUCUUUUCUCAGUGUAGGUAACAGUACAUGUUGUAUUUUUUUCCAUUAACUACGAACAUCUCAACUGGAUUAUUUAAAUAGAGAUACUUUUCUGAGCAUUAUUUUUUUUCUUUUAAAAAUUACUUCCAGUAAUGUCCCUCCGUCCAGUUUGCUGGGGGAUAGGCUAUUUCUGUAGGUAGGAAUCAACGUUAACUUUCCAACAUGGGAGGAUUUCAAUGGCAUGCCAUUUCUUACUCCUGAAAUUGGAUUGCAAGUCUGUCUGGCUUUAGCAGAGCUGUUACUGCUCAGAUUAAGAAACUGCUGCUUUCCCUCCUGCUCAGAUUAAGAAGCUGCUGUUUUCUGUCCCAUCCUUCUCCUUCAAAGCCACAGUGAGAGUUGGGUUGCCAUCAGAUGGGAGUCAACUCAUGCUUGGCCUCAUUCUUGUAGUGCUUGGGAUCAGCACCCUUUUUUUUUUUUCCACCCUUUUUCAGAAGAGAGGCAGGUACAUGGUGUCAGGCCAGAGCUGAGCAGAGCUGAGCAAAGGACAUGGCAGAGCAUGGUCUCAUCCUGCAGCUCCUCUCCUUUGAGCCGCUGUGUUAAGAGCAGAGUGGAAGUUAAAGGCAGAUGCGUGGCUGGGAGUCAUCACCCUCUGUCACUGACUUGCUGUGCUGCCCUCGAGCAUGACAAUUUAUUCACCAGUCUGGCCUCAGGCAUGGGGUGCAUCCAGUCCAAGGGUUCCAUGGCAGAGGUGCUGAGCACCCACAGUUCCUCGGGGCUUUGCAUGGCAUUGCUGAUGCUCAGCACCUCCCAGAGUGGCCAAAGCUGCAUAUCAGAAACCAAAGAGAAAAGUGCAGACUUUAAUCCCUGUGUGCCAGGUUUGCACCCUGGGCAGAGGGGAGGGCUGAUGCUUGAACCCCUCUGUAAAGCACUGGCAGGUUCUUGGGUGCAAAGUUCAGGAUCUGAGGCAGUGUGGCUCCAUCACGCUUAGCUCUGGCCCAGGGCUGACAGGGAGUGCUGAACUGGGAAAGUAGGACACAGGCACAGGUGGGGUGACACUGGCUGCCCCUCCUCCCCAGAAGCUCAUAUACCACAACAAGCUCAAUUUACCCAUUUUUAAUUACUGAAUGCAUGCACUUCCCAGGUGCAUCAUUUAGGAGCAGCCACCAGGACUGUUGUAUCACCGUGCAUUAAAGCAGUUUGAAACAGAGAGGAGAGCAAAUCUCCCCAGAUGGGCUGAAGGGCUCCAGGUUACUUCAGCACCAUUCCCAUCUGUGGUUUUCCUUUAAGGAGGUGAGAAGAGAGGCAGAUGACAGAGGCAGGCACCCUUCACUGAGCGCUGUGAACAUCUUGCACCCCAGACAGGUCCAUGCCCCCAGCGGCACCACCCAUUCCCUACAGUGUGCUCUAUUGCCACACUUUGCAUCAUUUAUCCUGCACAGAAACUGUGAAAGCUGGUCAAGGUCAGAGCUGAAUGUAUCAGGCAAUAGUGACUGCUGGGAAAAGCCAUAAGAUACAUUAUUUUUUGUUGAGACUUCAAAGUCCUGCUUCAUCUUCAGUCAGUUGGCUUCAGCUGGAAGAGCCAGGAUUUCAUCCAUCGUACUUUGAGUGCUAAAAGCUGGAAAACCUUGUGUCAGUGAGCACUGACUUUGUUUGAAACAGCCACUCCUCUGAUAGCACUUAGAGCUGUUGCACCAGGUAGAUCCUCAGUUUCCUCAGCAUUCCCAUUUUCAGGGGGCUGUGGCACAUCUGAGUGAGCCCCUGGGACCACUGGUGCACCCCAUCAUGUUGCAGCUGGCAUGGAUGCUCAGACAGAAAGGCUUCAACUUCAAUUUCUCAUUAGAGGAAAGAUAUCAGAUACUGAACUUUUGGGGUUUCAUAGCAAAACCCCACAUAAUUUACUACUGUCCCCAUCCCCUGGUCAUUGCCACCAUAUACUUUUAUCAGCAUUCACAUCGGAGCUCUUUAUGUCUCAUUCUAAGGCUACUUUAUUUUGCCGGCCUGGUUAAGAAAGUUUUAGUUUCAAGAGACUCCAAUCCCAAGAAAUUCAACAUAUUUUGAACCCACAUGAUUUCACAAGCCCAGCUGGUCCUAUUCUAUUCUGCUCCAGCUUCAGGGAUAUAAAUAGACAGUCUCCCAGUUUGGCAUCAGUGGAGUUUCCCACAUUUACAAGCAUGCAACCAAAAGCAGGAUUUGGUUAGAAUCACAGAAUCAUAGAAUCAACUGGGUUGGAAAAGACCUCCAAGAUCAUCAAGUCCAACCCUUGAUCCAACACUGCUGUGGUUACCAGACCAUGGCACUAAGUGCCACAUCCAGUCUCAUCUUAAAAACCUCCAGGGAUGAUGAAUCCACCACCUCCCUGGACAACCCAUUCUAAUGUCUGAUUACGCUCUCUGUAAGAAAUCUUUUCCUAAUAUCCAACUUCCUAGGGAAUAAUUUUGUGUUUGUACAGCAGUUUUAAAGGUUAGGGCUCAAGCAUUCCCUCAGCACCUUCUCUUCUGAAACCUGAGGUCUGGUUUGAACUUGACCACAACAGUUGCUGUGGCCACUGAUGAAAAUACAGCAUCCAAAUGUAUCUUGCAGAAAGAAAAAGAAAAGCAAAUAGAUUUCCAUCUGCAAAAAGCAGUGACAGGAGCAAAGGCAGACAUGCUGUCCUGCAGAUGGGGGGGUUCCUAUACCCUGGCUGCCCCUCCUUGCUGGAUGCUUUGUGUAGGUUUUUCUUUGGGAGGGGUAUUCUUUCCUUCCACAUUUGGAAUUAGUGUGAUUUGGUUUUGUUUCUGCAAGUAAUAUUCUGCCUUAGUUGUGUAAUUUAUCAUCAUUCUCUUUGACUUGCUAUCAACUGCUGGGAUCUUAAGACGAGAAACAGAAGCCCUUAAAAGCAAAAUUGUUUCUAUCUGCUACAGUUUUGGUGGUGGGAAGCUCUCCUUUUGUAUCAGUCAUAUACAGCUGGAGACCUGACUGGGAUUCACUGAACGCUUAGAGAUUUCUCCUGAAGUAUCAGUUGGUUAAAACGUCUCCAUUUAUUUCUGGGUAAAUCUGUUAACUGAGAUGACUUGGCAGCACCCAGGCCAGAUUUUUGGAGGGGGAUGAGACAUUUGCCCCUUGGCAGGCACAUCCUGGUAGGGCAAACACUCCAGCAUUUCUUUCCAGCAAUACUCCAGUGCCAUUGCAUGUCCUUCCCCUGGCCCAGUCCUCCUCUGCUCAGCCACUCUCACAGGGGAAUGCAAAGAUGGAGUCAAUAAUGUCUACAUGGGGGGAAAAAGGGCUGGUAGCCCCACAGUAGAAGAGUCAAAACAAAUCCCCAGCUGGCCUUGCCAUGAAGGAGCAGGUAGAAAAAUCACUCUGGGCUCUUUUCCAAUGAACCGUCCUACUAAACAAUCUGUGAUUUGCUGCUUGCAUGAGGACUUCAGCCUGGACUCUCUCUGUUACCCUUUUCUGCUUGACUUUACUGGUACCUGCGUGGUUUUCCUUUGUAACUUGUUUUCCUCAGCUCCUUCCCCUUCUUUUUCUUUGCUUGCAGCUUUGAUUGUUGAUUUUUACCUCCAGAGUCACAGAGGCCAUCUCUGAUGCCAACAGCAGUCCUCUUGCUGGGAAAACAAAACAAAAAAAAAUCCAGAAAAGCUCCAGCUGGCCCCUUAGCCUGCAGAAGAAAUUGUGAGGACAGGCUGCCCGUGAACUCUGCGAGCUGAAAGUCAGUAUUGCAGUGGCAGGGGCUUCUGCUGCUGAUUUUGCAUGUGACUUCAUUCCCAGUACAUCCUAACUCUCUGCUGGAUCACCCCUUCUGCAGCACGAAAUGGAUAUUGGCCCUGCAGCACGGCUAAUGGGGAAGUAAAAGUAUGAGGAAAACCUGGCAGUGUUGCUUUCUUGAGACUGUGUUACUAUGCUGCUGAUGUCUCUCCUGUCCUGGUUGCUGUUGUACAGGUGCCAUUAGAGUAGUGGGUACAGAAAAAAAAAAGAAAAAAAAAAAAAAAAGUAGGAUUUUACCUAUGCCUUGUGUGUGUCUGUUAUGGUUGUGGUGCCGAAAUAAAGCCAAGCAAUGGUAGAGGUUCGUUCCUGAUAUGAAUCAAACCACAAAAGGAGGUGUCAGCCCACUGGUAGACAUCUCCAUGUAGUUCUGCAGUAGGCAUUGGAUAGGGGUUUCCACUGUGCUUGUGUCCUGUGUACCUCCACAGCUAUUGACAGUAUUUUUUCUAUUACCAGUUCUCCUUCUUCUGGGCCCCUGCCUGGGCCUGAGGGAGUUUGGGUCUUGUCCAAAGGUUUUUUUCUGCCCCAGGAGCCAAUGUAACCCCUGAUUUCAGGCUUUUCUCCCCAAACCCUCUGCAGAUCAGAACAUGGGCCUCCAGGGUGCCCAUUAAAUGCAGUGGCAGCUGGCCCUGAGACUGUCCCCUUCCUAUUUUUAGGGAAACAAACCCCCAGGGAAAGCCAGAUACCUUUCAGCCCCUGGCAAGCAGAGAGAAUAUUGUUCUUUGAAGUGAACUUGGCACUAACUAGUUCAGCUCUAGGGAAACCUGUGCUAUUACUUCAUCCUGUGAUAACAGCUCCAGCCCUGAGCAGCACUGGAUGAGCACCACAUAAAAACAGAUUGACUUUGCCAAUAAGAUCGUGCAGGCUGUAGCCUGUUCCUUUUGCUCUUUCCAAAGAAUCAGGAGAUUCAUCUACUGGCAAAAUGUUUCUAGGCUGAGCCCCAAGGUACAGAAGCAGCUUCCAUUCAUCAUCUGGAAAUUCUCAUUUGACGGGAUUACUUGCAUUCUUGAUCCCAUGUGUAUUUACCCUUUUUGAACUGGGGCUUGAAUGCAUCCCAGAAAUUAGAGAUUAUUCAUGGGAAGGGUGUUUUGCCUUUGUUUUCAUGCUUAUUUACACCAGAAACUUGAUGCUAAGAGUUACACUCAUCCAAGCACAAAGCAGAAGCACACAUGGAGACUACGGUGUCCAAGGAAAACAGCAUCAAGACCGAGAGCGGAGGAUUAGUUGGCAAAUCACUGUCAGCAAAGGCUGAGUGAGGAAACAGCAACCUGCUCACAAGCACGGCAUGAACAGAGUUUCCCCUGGUAAAUCAGUCAUCCCAUAUUUCAUGCCCAGCAACAAGGUUUACACAGUCCCUUUUGUUUUCCCUCAAAUCCCCGCAGCUGGGUCCUGCCUGCCCAUCCUGUCUGCCGGGGUGGUCUGGUCUCUGUGACACACGUGUGUGCAUGUGUACGUGUGUGUGUGUGUGUGUGUGUGUGUGUGUGUGUGUGUGCAUUGUGGCCCUGGGAGUCACAGGUCCCACCACUGAGAGAUCACGAGCUGGUUCAGGUGUUUUGGUCUGACUUUGCACAGUUGGGUCAAAGCUGUGUAAAUAGUGCUCAUAAUAGAGAACAGAGGCUUUUUAGCCCAGACUCUGAUUUUCAAGACCCCCUUUCCCUGCCAAAAUCCAUGCCACUUACCUGUCCAGGUAGCUUUUUUUUUUUUUUUCCUCCUCUUCAUAAAUGCUAAGGUCAGAAGAACAGCUCUUACAGUUUUUCCAUGCUCCAGAGUGGAAUCAGGGCAUGUACGCUCGCAAGCGUUGUGAAAAAACACUGCUGAAAUAAUGAUGACAUCAACUGUCCAAUAAAUGCAUGAUACUGCACUGCAUGUAUUAAACUGCUGUUCACUGUUUCUGUAUUUCCCAAGACUUUUCUUCAUGCGCAUUCAACCCAACCUUUUCUCUGAGGGGCUUACUUCUAUGUUUUGCUUUUAAAUGACUCAGUGUAUCUGUAACUCGAAAUCCAUCAUUAAGUUUGAGUAAAUGCAAAAGCUGAUGUUUUGUAAACAAGAUACUGCAAAGCCUGGUAAUGUAUUUUGUCUUACUGUUGAAUGCUCUGCAGCAUGUAAAGGAAGAGUCACCAUCCAGAGCAGCUUAAAAUUAUGCAGCAGUCACAUACACAUGUCUAGAAACAGGGAGUCGAGGAGGUGAGAGCCCCUUUUUUAAUACAACACUUACAAAUUUGAUCUGCAUCAGAAAUUCUUUCCCUGGGUCACCAACACCCAGGGCUGCCCAAGAAACAUGUUGGUGUGUCUCUUUGUUUUUUCUUUUUUUCUUUUGGUUUGUUUUUCCUAGUGAAAAUUUAGACUGGUUCACUCAAUUCUUAGCACUUUUCUCUUCCUACAAGAUAUUUUUUCUCACCUCUUGCAGAAUGAACUGCAUUUUGGGGACCAAGAUGCUGUGAUUCUUUGCCUGCACAAAACAGGGCGGAGAUCUGAGCUAAACUAUCCCAUCCUUUCCAAAGCAUCACCACCUAAAUACUAGCAUUUAAUCCUUGAACCUCCAAAUAGUAUCACCAUUUAUCCACGGAAGAGUUUGGCGUGGUACUUUGCCUUCUUCCACGUGGAAACCAUGCCCUUGCCUUCUCUUCCCUUAAUCAUUGACCCAUUUUCAUUUGUUCUGGUCUUUCCAAGGCAGGGUACAGGAUGGCUCCAUGGUGCUUAUAUUAGCUCCAGCCCAAACCUCUUGUGGGCAUCACCAGGGCAUUGGUCCCAGGUCCUGAGUGGCUGCUGUGUCGAAGAUGCUCAAGUUCCCAACACUCAAAGCUGAACCAUCUGAAAGGACUGGGAAGUUGCUCUGGGUUCCUGGCAAGGGCAUACCAAGGAGCAGGGCUGGAGGGCAAGCACCAUGGGGGUGGCAUAGUCCUUGGAAAUUAUGCAAGGGACUGCUCCAUGGUGGCCAAAAGCACCAAGAAGUCUUGAGCCCACCUUAAGGCUGGUGCUUAGCUAAGAUGCUGUGCCAUCGCUGAAGCACUAUAUGGCAGCACGAAAAAAACAUCACUAAUAAUGGUUGUAACUCAGCCUGAAUUCAGAUUGCUGGGGCAGGCAGCACCUGGUGCAAGGCUCCAUGAGGAGAUGGAUUGUGUGCUGUGAUGGGUGAGAGCUCCUAGGGGGGUUUGCUCGGAGCAGCUCUGAGCUUUUCCAUCUACCAUCUUGCAUCCCCUGAGCCCAGCGUGGCAUCACACAUGCUAUGUCUUACUAGAUCAAGCUGUAGCAUGAUCCCCAAAGUGAACAGCGUGGAAGGGUUGCAGCUGAGUCAGAGAUAAUGGUGCGACUCAUGUUUCUGGUCACCACAACAUCAGUGACCUGCUGUAGGUUGGCCUCAAGUUAAGAAACAAUAUUUUGGUCUGUUUGGGCCUUUUUUAAGCUAGAUCUUUUAUUUGAGUCAGCAAACAAUAAAAAAAAACCUAGUCUGCCAGGAAUAGUGACUCCCCAAAUACACCCAACUGCAAAACAUCCCUCGGUUGACUUCUAAUGAAAAUGCAAGCAUGUUUUCUACAAAGGCUUAAAUCUUAAUCAAGGAAUGUCAGUGUGCCUAAUAUUGCAGGUCUUGUGAUUGAUACAAGUUCAUAACAGCAUCCAUGUCCAAAAAGAAGGGAGAAUGUGUAUUUACUCCAUGCAUGUAUUAAGGCAUCGCAAAAGUUUUAUCUGCGUAAUGAGUUUGUAGUACUGCAAAUUGUUAAUGGGGCUACAUCGCAAGUGGUUCUCUGCCUUGACAAUCAUGUAUACAUAUCGAGAUUUCUAUCAUAAUGACAACUUAAAGGGAUGACUAAUUGUUUUCCUCCAAUAAAUCCAAUUAAAUCA